UGGCUCCUUGUCUCUCUCUUUCUCUCCCUAUAUAUAGGUGUACAAUCAACAGAAAUAAUCAAGCCAGGACUCAUCUCUCACACAACCCACACUUUCAAUCCCGAGGAACCCAGAUACCUAUCUACUCUUUCAGGCUGUGUGGAAAUUGGAUGUGGUGAAGGAAGGAAUGGGUUGUUUCCGCGCCUCUUGCAAAGUCCUCUUCUGCUUCUUCUUUCUGGUUUCCUCUGUGUAUCAGUUUUUGCCCAUUGGGGCUGAUGGGAACCAGACGGCGCAGCUGAUCGUUGAUACUAAAGGGCCUGGCCGGAAGAUGCCAGAAACAUUGUUUGGAUUAUUCUUUGAGGAGAUCAACCAUGCAGGAGCUGGUGGACUGUGGGCAGAGCUUGUCAGCAACAGAGGCUUUGAAGCGGGGGGCCCUAUCACUCCCUCAAACAUUGAUCCCUGGGCUGUAAUUGGGAAUGAAUCAUAUGUAGUUGUAGCAACAGAUCGUUCAUCACCCUUUGAGCGUAACAAAGUAGCGCUUCGAGUGGAGGUGCUCUGUGGCAAUGACAGCAAUAGCACUAAUAUCUGUCCAGCUGGAGGCGUUGGUGUCUACAACCCUGGGUACUGGGGCAUGAAUGUUGAACAAAAUAAGUGGUUUACUGUGGUCAUGCAUGUUCGCUCAGAAGAAGCAGUCAAUAUAUCUGUGGCAUUGACUAGCUCAAAUGGAGUGGACACCCUCGCUGCUACUAACUUUGUAGCUAAUGCUUGUACUGUCGGAAACUGGACGAAAUAUACAGCUAAUUUGCGAGCUACAGCAACAAAUAGUAAUGCAAGACUUCAAUUGACAACAACCAAAAAGGGAGUGAUAUGGUUUGAUCAAGUGUCAGUAAUGCCUGUGGACACAUACCGGAACCAUAAUUUCAGAAAAGAUCUUUCACAAAUGAUAGCCGAUUUGAAACCUCGAUUUCUUAGGUUUCCAGGUGGCUGUUUCGUUGAAGGUGAGUGGUUAAGAAAUGCAUUUCGCUGGAAACAGACAAUUGGGCCCUGGGAGGAGAGACCUGGACACUUUGGUGAUGUUUGGAAGUACUGGACUGAUGAUGGACUUGGUUAUUUCGAGUUCCUUCAACUAGCGGAGGACAUUGGUGCAUUGCCAGUGUGGGUGUUCAACAAUGGAAUCAGCCACAAUGAUGAAGUCGAUACCACUAGUAUUGGACCCUUUCUGCAAGAAGCCCUUGAUAGUAUUGAGUUUGCGAGAGGUGCAUCAAAUUCUACAUGGGGUUCUGUUAGGACUGCAAUGGGACACGGAGACCCUUUUAACUUAAAAUAUAUUGCAAUUGGAAAUGAGGAUUGCUGGAAAAAGAAUUACCGGGGAAACUACAUGAGGUUCUAUGAUGCUAUCAAACGAGUUUAUCCAGACAUCAAACUAAUCACAAACUGUGAUGCGUCUUCUCGGAAGUUGAAUCACCCAGCCGAUUACUAUGAUUUCCAUAUUUACACAUCUGCCAUCAACCUGUAUAGUAUGGCUCAUCAAUUUGAUCGCACAUCACGUGAUGCUCCAAAGGCUUUUGUCAGUGAGUAUGCUGUGACAGGUAAAGAUGCUGGUUCAGGAACUCUUUUGGCAGCAUUGGCUGAAGCUGCAUUCCUCAUUGGGGUGGAAAAGAACAGUGAUGUUGUUGAGAUGGCAAGCUAUGCACCACUUUUUGUGAAUUCCAAUGACAGGACCUGGAGCCCAGAUGCAAUCGUUUUCAAUUCUUCCUUUGUGUAUGGAACUCCUAGCUACUGGAUGCAGCACUUUUUCAGCAACUCCAGUGGAGCGACUCUUCUCAAUUCAACGCUCACGACUAAUUCCUCCAGUUCACUUAUUGCCUCUGCAAUCACUUGGAAAAGCCCCCAGGAUAACAAAACUUACAUAAAAUUAAAGGUUGUAAACUUCAGAAACGUGUCAGUGAGUCUCAAAAUUUCCGUGGAUGGGCUGCAGACCAACUCCCUACAAUUGUCCGGGGCAACCAAGACUGUACUCACAUCUAGCAAUGUGAUGGAUGAGAAUUCCUUCAAAGAACCAACCAAGGUUACACCAUUCCGAUUUGAACUUAAAGAUGUAGGCAAGGACUUGGAUGCUGAACUCCCUGCUUAUUCUUUCACUGCAUUUGAUUUGUUGAUGGACUCAAGUAGUCUCCAGACCGUGGAAACCGAUGCUGGCUAUAAAUCUUCGAUUUAAUAUGAGGAUUAACAGAGAAAUCCUAUGUUAUAAUCAUGUUUACUUUAUAUGGUUUGAAUGUGUGUGUGAGGUGUUGGAAGUGUGAAAGUUGUGAAAUAUGAAGUGUGAGGGUGUGAACAAGGCUAUUUACUUAGCCACUCUUUAUCUUGUAAAAACUUUGUGCUGCUACUUCAAUUUCAAGCCUCUAAAUUUAUAAGUUUACCUUUAAAUAUACAUAAAUCUUGUGUU